UCUGGGGGCUCUGAGGGCUCUGGGAGAUCUGGGGCUUUGCUACUGCUACUGUUACUACUACUGCUGGAUAUUCUUCUUCGAGAUGGCGGAGAGCACAGAUCUGGAGCGGCUGAUGAACUCCUUUAAGAAGUUCGCGAUCCACGGAGACACCAAGGCCACAGGGAAGGAGAUGAACGGGAAGAACUGGGCUAAACUGUGUAAAGACUGCAAGAUCACCGACGGCAAGAAUGUCACCGGCACUGACGUGGAUAUCGUUUUCACGAAAGUCAAAGCGAAGACGUCCCGGGUGAUCACCUACGAGGAAUUCCAGAGAGCCCUGGAGGAGCUGGCUAAGAGGUUUAAAGGUCAGAGCAAAGAGGAGGCCCUAACGUCUGUCUACAAGCUGAUAGAGGGCAAGGAGCCCACCAACGUAGGAGUCACGAAAAUGGCGAAGACAGCCGCAGUGGACAGACUGACGGACACCACCAAGUACACAGGCUCCCACAAAGAGCGCUUCGACGAGAGCGGGAAGGGGAGGGGUAAGGGCGGGCGGGAGGAGCUGGUGGAGGAAACGGGAUACGUCGGCUCCUACAAGAACGCCGGAACCUACGAGGAGAAAACCAAGGCUAAGUAGACCACCGGGCCAGGCGGUGUGGUCAACAGGCCCAGUAGACCACCGGGCCAGGCGGGGGUGGUCAACAGGACCAGUAGACCACCGGGCCAGGCGGUGUGGUCAACAGGUCCAGUAGACCACCGGGCCAGGCGGUGUGGUCAACAGGUCCAGUAGACCACCGGGCCAGGCGGGGUGGUCAACAGGUCCAGUAGACCACCGGGCCAGGCGGGGUGGUCAACAGGUCCAGUAGACCACCGGGCCAGGCGGUGUGGUCAACAGGUCCAGUAGACCACCGGGCCAGGCGGUGUGGUCAACAGGACCAGUAGACCACCGGGCCAGGCGGGGUGGUCAACAGGUCCAGUAGACCACCGGGCCAGGCGGGGUGGUCAACAGGCCCAGUAGACCACCGGGCCAGGCGGGGUGGUCAACAGGCUAAGUAGACCACCGGGCCAGGCGGUGUGGUCAACAGGUCCAGUAGACCACCGGGCCAGGCGGGGUGGUCAACAGGACCAGUAGACCACCGGGCCAGCCGGGUGGUCAACAGGCCCACAACAUGAGAUGUAUCCCAAAUUACAUCCUACUCUAUAUAGUCCACUACUUUGACCAGAGCGCUAUGGGUCCUGGUCUAAAGUAGUGCACUAUAGAGGGAAUAGGGUGCCAUAGGGCUCUGGUCUAAAGUAGUGCACUAUAUAGGGAAUAGGGUUCUAUAGGGCUCUGGUCUAAAGUAGUGCACUAUAUAGGGAAUAGGGUUCUAUAGGGCUCUGGUCUAAAGUAGUGCACUAUAGAGGGAAUAGAGUGCCAUUUGAGACGCUUCCAGGGUCACUAUCCCCUAAGCCCCCCCCCCCCCUUACAGUCGGGACCAAACCCUGAACCCAGAACUCGGACCCCUAACCACAGGCUUAACCCCAGGCCCUUUCGACAGAGGCUGUCCUCUCUUAUCUUUGAUAUGUUCUGAGGGGGUGUGUGUGUUGUCAUUGGGGAUGAUGA